GAAAAAUAAUUCAAAAAACCAAUAAAAUUAUUGAUUAAGGUAAAAAUCCUUUUUGUGAGAUUACUCCAGUUUCGAUUUGAUAUAAGUGAAAAACGACAAACCCUUAAAAAGUGAACAAGUUAUUGACUCAGAGGAAUUACUGCAUCUCUGUUUUCCUACAAUUGAAGAAAAAACAAGCUUACAAAAAGUCAAUAUCAAUGAUGACGAACACUAUGACAACUGCAGCAGCAGCGAUACAAAUGAAUAUGUUUGCGCUCGGUAUUGGAAAACUGAGUAUCAUACCGAUUCUAAUAUCUGCCUUAACUUACUUCAAUUAUUAUCUAAUGGAUCCCGAAAAUCAACCACGAGUCACAAAAAAUCUAUUAAAGGAAUACGAUUUCGUAGUGGUCGGUGGCGGUUCAGCUGGUAGCGUUGUUGUUAACAGAUUAACAGAGAAUCCAGAAUGGAGUGUUCUUCUUUUAGAAGCGGGUGGUCACGAAACCGAGAUUACGGACAUACCGAUUUUGUCUCUCUAUUUACACAAAAGCAAAUUGGAUUGGAAGUAUAGAGCUCAAUCACAAGAUAGUGCUUGCCAAGCAAUGAAUGAUCAACGUAGUUGUUGGACCCGAGGGAAGGUAUUAGGAGGUUCAAGCGUACUUAAUACCAUGUUGUAUAUUCGUGGGAAUCGUCGUGACUUUGAUCAAUGGGAAAGCUUUGGUAACCCUGGUUGGGGAUAUGACGAUGUACUCCCAUACUUUAAAAAAUCACAGGAUCAAAGAAACCCAUAUUUAGCGCGGAACACCAAAUACCACAGCACAGGUGGGUAUUUAACUAUUCAAGACAGUCCCUAUAAUACGCCUCUGGGUCCUGCCUAUCUUCAAGCUGCAGAAGAAAUGGGUUAUAAAAUCGUGGAUGUAAAUGGCCAACAACAAACGGGAUUCGCAUUCUUUCAAUAUACAAUGCGCAGGGGCGCUAGGUGUAGUUCAGCCAAGGCAUUUGUACGUCCCAUCAAAUUUCGAAAGAAUUUUCACCUAUCGUUAUGGAGCCAUGUUACGCGUGUUCUCAUAGAUCCAAGUACCAAAAGAGCAUACGGUGUAGAAUUUAUUAGGAAUGGUCGUAUUGAGACCGUAUUAGCGAAGAAAGAAGUUAUACUUUCGGCAGGUGCUAUAAACACCCCUCAAUUAUUGAUGCUGUCUGGAAUUGGAGUUAAGAAUCACCUCGAAGAUCUUGGUAUUCCAGUGAUUCAGGAUUCACCUGGUGUUGGACAGAACCUUCAAGAUCAUAUAGCCCUUGGUGGUCUUACCUUCCUUGUCGAACCCAAGAUCAGCUUGGUAUUCACUCGUUUGAUGAGCAUAAAUACAGCAUUGAGAUAUGCAAUUACUGAGAACGGUCCUCUAACUUCGAGUGUUGGUCUCGAAGUAGUAGGCUUUUUAUCCACCAAAUAUGCUAAUCAGACGGAUGAUUGGCCUGAUAUAGAGUUCCUAAUUACCUCCAUCACUAUAAAUAGCUCAGGUAAAGUAUCAAAAAAUGCUUUUUGCUUAAAGGACAAUUUUUACGAUGAAGUCUAUGGAGGGAUCACUAAUCGUGAUAGUUUUCAUAUCAUUCCUAUGAUUCUAAGACCUAAAUCUCGUGGAUAUGUGAAAUUAAAGUCGAAAAAUCCGCUCGAUUAUCCAUUAAUGUAUCACAAUUAUUUGACGAAUCCUGAUGAUGUUAAUGUUUUACGUGAAGGAGUCAAAGCAGCAAUUGCAUUUGCUGAGACGAGUAGCCUGAAAAGAUUAGGAACAAGAUUUCACAGUAAGCCAUUGCCAAAUUGUAAACAUCUUCCAAUGUUCACGGAUGAAUAUUGGGAAUGUGCAAUUCGUCAAUACACAAUGACAAUUUAUCACAUGAGCUGUACUGCGAAAAUGGGUCCACGAUCCGAUCCAAUGGCGGUCGUAGAUCCCUCUUUAAAAGUAUAUGGAGUAGAAGGACUUCGAGUGAUCGAUGCUUCGAUCAUGCCUACGAUCACUAGUGGAAAUAUCAAUGCACCUGUGAUAAUGAUUGGUGAAAAGGGUUCGGAUCUCAUAAAAAAGGAUUGGAUGUCUAGACGAAAGAGAACUAAUGAGACUAUCUCAGGUUCUUUCAAUCAAUAAUAGAUAUUUUGGAUAGUUCAUCGAAUGAAAGUAAAUUAAAUAUUUUUAUUAUUACGUCAUAUAAAAUAAUUACGAGAAUAGAUAGAAAGCUUUAAUAUGUUGCUUUAUAAGGCUUAUGAUUACUAUUUGUUUUUUUGUUGUAAGAAUGAUGUUCUAUACAGAUAAUAUGUGCUUAAUCAAAAUCUAUUUAUAUCAUUUAACUAUCCUAACCAAAUUAACUGUAAAUUGUUAGAGAUGAUUUAUAUUUUUAAAAACUCUAUAAUCGAAUUUGUUUGCAUGUUAUCCAUUUGGAGUUAACAUUUAUUACAUCUUGGGAUUUUACAACGAAGAAUUGUAGUUGGCCCUCUUACUUCUUUUCCUUUUUUCUUGUUUUGUAAUUUUUUACCUAUAGAAUGUAAGAUAGGAUGUUCUCCCUUUUACAUCCUUAUCAUUCUUAACAUAAACAUGAAGAAAUUUCUUUUUUAUAAUCUUAGUGACUAUACAUUAUAUAAUAGCCAAUCUCUUCUUAUAUAAAUGCCAAGCAUGUAUUAUUUUUAAAUUCAACUAUAGACGCCAAUAUCAAUAAUAUCAUCUUUUUGAAUGAAUUUUUAUCCGGUACAAUGCAAUUAAUCAGUCGACUAAGUUUACCUCAUCCGUGAAUUUAUUCUAUAACGCUACUAUAUUUGGGCUUUCAAGAUCAAUACUUUCCUAAGUCUUUUUGUUCCAUCUCUUUAAUGUACUUGUUAGCUGUGCUCCAUAAUAUGUAUUUAUUACAGUCACACCAUCUAUAUUUAUACAGUAUACUUCUUAACUGUUUUUCUUUUUCGCUACUUCAUCAGAAUGAAUAAUUUUUCAAUUUAUUUGACCGUACAGUUGCAAUGUUUUGAAUUUCGAUUUUGUUAAGUUCUACUACUAAAUCAAAACUUUUUAAUAACAAUUGUCUAUAUAAAUUUUGUGAAAUAAUAUUCUUAAUACAAUUUUGGAGAGAAUUAACGCUCCCAUUAAUUUUUUUUUUCUAUCUGCGCAAAACCUACCAUUCCUACGAACAUAGAAUUUUUAAAGAUAUCGCAGUAUGACAAUAUUACCAAUUACCACAAAUCCUUCACAUAAUAGAAUAUUUAUUAUCAAUCUCUGUAUAAUUAUACGAUUGAACAAUUUAAUCAAAUUUUAAUAAAACUUCGUAUACACUAGAGGGUUGAUGUCAGUAAGCGUAAGUAAGUGUUAGUGAUUAGAAUAAAAAUCUUUUUGAGAUUUUACUUCAUUAUUUACAAAAUAAACGUAACACCUACAAAUUAUUGGAUUAUCUAUGUAGGAAUAACGUGGCAGCAUACUACUCUGUCAAACAAUUAAUAAGUGCAGCAGGUAUCAACGAGUUUUUCGCACUAGAACUUAUUUACACGUUAUUAGAGAGAGCAGUAAGAAAAAUUCUUACAAAAUGUUAUUUAAGAAAAUUAAAUAUUAUUUUUGUUUUCAAUGUAUUAAACUAAAAGAAACAAGGUAAAUUUUCUACAAGUGUCAACAACGUGUCAUAAAUACUGCAGGAAAUUUUUUUAUAUAAUAAAUUUUUUUAAACAUAUUAGUUUUCGUAACCAUAUGGCAAUACUAUCAUAUGUCAAGAAUUUCUGUUAAAGUUAAUUUUAUAUUAUAGCCAUUCAUACAUUUUUG